AUGGUCGCACAAUAUUUGUCCUCGUGGAUGAUUACGCUUUGCAGCGUUCUUGUGUUUUCCGAAGGGUUGGCCGCCGCACCAGCUGGAGACGUAACCGCGAUUGGGAACAACAAACUGCACGUUAAGACGAUCCUGGAACCUAAAAACGGAACUGUCUGGACUGCAAACGCGACAGCCAAGAUCACCUGGAAAACAAAUGCAUCAGACCCUGAUGCCUUGCAGCCGGUCGACUUCAGGGAGCCGCUUAAUAUUCGCCUCUGGAAGAACACUGCAGACAGUGGCGGAUUCCUGCCAGUGCUCUUCGAUGAGGUGGCCUACCGCGACAACAGCUCGAUCGCUGUCAAGGUGCCGUUCCUGGAAGAAGGGGAUGGCUUCAAUGUCGUUAUCUACACGAAUGACUCUCAGAACAAGUAUUGGAGCGAGCCGUUCGUGGUCGGGCUAAGCAAUUAG